UCCUUCAACCGUCAGACUCGAAACCCCAACUGGGUCUGCGAGCAUCUCUGCGAGGAGACACUCCGAGGCGAGGGGAGCCGAGCUAAGACCGAGAACUUCCAGGAGGAUGAGACUGACCCCCCGCACUUGCGCUCUCGUCUCGCGGACUACAAGGGCAGCGGCUUCGACCGAGGACAUCUGGUCGCGGCGGCGGACGUGAAAUUCUCACAGAAUGCGCUGGAUGAAACUUUUCUCCUCUCCAACAUCUCCCCACAGGUUGGAGCAGGCUUCAACCGGGGUUACUGGGAGCGCAUGGAGCGAUGGUGCCGCAACCUUAAGGGGGAGUUCUCGGAUGUCUUUGUUAUCAGCGGUCCUCUCUUUCUCCCCAAGAAGGAAGCGGAUGGCAACUACUACAUGCAGCAUCAGGUGCUUGGCAACCCUCCGUCUCUUCAAGUCCCCACGCACUUCUUCAAGGUUUCGCUC